GGGCAUUGCGGGGGGCUCCCGGUGGGCUCCCGGUGGGCUCCCGGGCCCCCAGGCGACGGCGCCGUCCCCCCGCAGGGAAGUACAUCGCCUCCACGCAGCGCCCCGACGGCACCUGGCGGAAGCAGCGGCGGGUGAAGGAGGGCUACGUGCCGCAGGAGGAGGUCCCGGUGUACGAGAACAAAUACGUGAAGUUCUUCAAGAGCAAACCCGAGCUGCCCCCGGGGCUGAGCCUGGAGGCGGCCGCGCCGCCCGGCAAGGCGGAGGGCGGGGAGAGCGGACUGUCCAAGGCGGCCAAAAGGAACUUGAAACGCAAGGAGAAGAGGAAGCAGCAGCAGGAGAAAGGGGAGCGGGAGGCGGACGAACUGAUCCACUCGCUGGAGAAGGUCUCCCUCGGGGGGGACGCGCGAGCGGCCGCGCCGCAGCCGGCCUGCGGCGCCCAGGGCCCCGCCGACGGCGAAGCCGCGGCCUCGGAGAAGGCCAAGAAGAUCAAGAACCUGAGGAAGAAGCUGCGGCAGGUGGAGGAGCUGCAGCAGCGGCUCGACUCCGGCGAGAUCAAGCAGCCGACCAAAGAGCAGCUGGAGAAGCUGGGCCGGCGGAAAGCCCUGGAGGAGGAGCUGCGGGAGCUGGAGCUGGAC